CCCUUCCGUUGCUAACACUCAGUUGGAUGCUUCUGCCCAUCUCCAGCCUCUGCGAGCAGGUGCGAACGUUGGAAGGUGAGGCGGAGGAGCGGCAGGCUGCCGUCACGCGUCUGCAAGAGGCGGAGCGGCAGCGGCAUAGCGACCAGCGGAGGAUGAACGUCGUCGGCAAGCGCUCGGGCUUGCGCCGCUACCACAGCUUCGAGAACGGCUUCCUGGAUCGCAUCACCGACGCACCGGGCGAUCCGUACCUGGAUGAGAUACACAGGCAGCGUGACAGCAUCCGCUACCUGAAGCAGCAGCAGGCGGUCGAGCGACGGCGACGCGAGGAUGCGGAACGCGAGCUCUGCAGCCUCCUGCAGGAGAACUCCGCCCUCGAGACGCGGCUCCGCGACGCUGGCGCCACCUGGCAGGAGAAGCUCGCCGCGAUGCAGGCGCAGAUGCAGCGCGCCGCCAUCGACUCGCGCAAGCUGUGCGCGCGCUGCCGAAGCUCCCUCGAGGUGGCGCCACCGCGGCUCGAGUCCGAAGUCGAGCACGAGGACGUGCGCGAGAUCCGCGAUGCCGAAUGUCUGAAGCUGCGCAGCGGCGGCAGCCUGUACGCAAGCCAGGAGGCGCUGCGGUCGUACGUCGACCGGCGCGAGAUC